UCCGCCUAUGUCGCAGCCGACAUAGACUACAUGUUGUAAUUCGCUUUUGUGCUCUUUAUCCACACUUUAAGUGGACAUACUUUUGUAUUUUACGUUGGGAGAAAUGACGCUGUCAAAAUGCUUUUGGUGUUACUGUCCUUUCAAGCCCUCGUUCAAGUUUCAGUAGUGUCUCAGAAGGCCCCACAACCACCAAUUAACAUCCUUGCUGAUGAGUGGCUGCUGACAUGGAGUUCAACUGAUGAAAAUGAUGUCACUUACACAGUUCAGUACCUCAGCUUUGACCACACUGUGUGGAAAGAUGUAGCUUCCUGUGUCCAGACAUCUUUCACUUCCUGUAAUGUUGCUUUCACUAAAGCUGACAGUGAGCAUGGCUGUGUCAAUCUGCGUGUGCAAGCAGAGAGAAGUGGACUGAAAUCGCAACCUGUGCAAGCCUGUAGCAGACGUGACACCUGUAGCCCUGAUGUCAUGCUAGCUGCAAGACCGGGGUCCCUAACUGUAUAUCUGAGCAAGAACCAUACUUUGGCUCUGGAACAUGCUGACCAUGUUGAACACAGGGUUUACUAUGGCAAGGAGGGAAAGGGUUUACAGAAGUAUAAAGAUGGUUACUCUUCACUAUCCAUCAAUAAACUGGAAGAGGGACAGAGUUACUGUGUUGAGGUCCAGUACAUGUACAGUAAAAAACCUGUUGGACUGAGAAGUUGCAGGCAAUGUGAAGUCAUCCCACUGUCAAAACACAAGCCCAAUCCAACACUGGUGGUAGUUGUGAUUGUGGUGCUUUUCAUCUUGGUCCUUGUGAUAUCUGCAGUAGCUUAUACCAUCAUCUGCCAUUCUAGGAGAAUUAAGCAGUGCUUGCAGAACCCUUUUGAGAUCCCAGAAAAUCUUCACUUCGACGUCUUUCCUGAGCAAUGCGUUCUCAGUGUGGAGGAAGAACACUGCGAUGUCAUUUCGUCCCUUCAGUGAAAAGCCGACAUAAUAACCAACUCAAUGUGUCCUUUUUAUCUUGUAACCAUUACCCACACACUGUAACGUGAACCUUCUACAACUGACUGAUCUAACACGUCUAUAUGUAUGUCUGUCCAGUGCUUCCCCUGUGACUGCAAAGACUUUACGGGACAGUGCCUAUACAGAAGAUGGCGCAUGUGGCCCUUUUUUAAAUAUUUUUAUAGCUUAAAACCUAGCUUAUCCAGCUUAAAACCUUCACAUCCCAGCCCUCUUCUGUCAAUGCAGGUGUGCCCCAGGGCUCUGUCCUGGGUCCCCUUCUGUUCAUCAUCUAUCUUCUCCCCCUUGGUAAUAUCUUCCGUAAACACUCCAUAAACUUUCACUGCUACGCAGAUGACACCCAGCUCUACCUAGCCAGCAAACCCGACUCCAACCUCCCGCCCC